AUGAAUCCAUUCUCUUUUAAUUCCUAUUUCGUGCAGAUUAUCGCUGAAGUGGAAAAGAAUCAGAGUGAUCCCAGCGAAAGACUCCUCAAAAUAAAAUCUCCGUUUCACGCCCCAAUAAUGCCACCACAAUCUGAACCAACUCCCAGCGGUGUGGUGUUCGAAUCCGACACCCAAACAUCAGACUUGGGUCUAGCGAAAGACGUGUCCGGCCUCAAGAACGCUGCCCCAAAGAAAUACGAAUAUGUCUGGGUUAACAUAUUCUGGUUUUUGUUUCUGCAUAUCGGGUCUGCGUAUGGGAUUUACUUAGGGUUGACUUCAGCAAAAUGGCAGACAAACGUUUUUGCGUUUCUUGUCCAUCUCAUGUGCGCUAUUGGUAUUGGUGCCGGAUCUCAUAGGCUUUGGACACAUCGUUGCUUCAAAGCGAAGACACCACUACGUAUUGUACUAAUGAUUUGGCAAACAAUGGGAUUUCAGGAUAGUAUAUUCGAAUGGGCGCGUGACCAUCGCACUCACCACAAAUAUGCAGACACAGAUGCCGAUCCACACAAUGCAGAGAGAGGACUCUUCUUUUCUCACAUGGGUUGGUUGUGCUGCAAGAAAAACCCAGAAGUCAUAGAAGGAGGUCGUCGGAUUGAUGUCACUGAUCUAUACGAAGAUCCGGUAGUCAUGUUUCAGAAGAGGCAUUACAUGAAGAUGAUGCCGAUUCUAUGCUUUGUCCUACCCACUGUAAUUCCUGUAUACUUCUGGGGUGAAACUUGGUUAAAUGCUUUCUUCAUACCCACAAUACUUCGGUACACUUGCGGAAUCAACGUGGUAUGGAGUGUGAACAGUUUUGCUCAUACUUUUGGGUAUCGUCCGUAUGAUAAGUCGUUGAACCCGCGAGACAACAUCGGCGUGUGGAUGAUUUGCGUUGAAGGUUUCCACAACUACCACCACACGUUCCCAUGGGACUACCGCGCUACUGAAUUACCUCUAUAUAACAUGCUUACUCCGACAAUUGUUUUUAUUGAAGCCAUGGCUAAAAUUGGUCAAGCCUACGAUUUAAAGUCUGUGUCCCCGGAGAUAGUAAAACAGAGAUCUUAUCGGACUGGCGAUGGCACACAUUUCCUAUGGGGCUGGGACGAUCCCGAGUUUACCGAAAAAUUAAAAGAAAAAUAUGGAUCUAUUCAUAAUGCCCAGAGGAAAGCGGCAUAA